AUGAAUUCUCUCUCAAAUUUUUCAAACUCUCCUACUCUCCCUACUAAUAGGUCAGAGCAGGAUCAACAACCUAACAUCGCCCCUCCAGCACGCCGUGAGAGGAAGGCUCGCACUGAGACUUCCACUCGUCACACGUGGAGCAAGGAGGACAACAUACAGCUCAUGACGCUGUAUUACCAGAGCCAACCAUCCCGCUCUGGUUAUAGAAGGAGACUCCGGUCACUGUGGGAUGAUGCCGGACUCUUCACUUGUACAGAACAAAGAUUGGCAGACCAAGCAAGGUCAAUCAGAAAUAAUAAUCUCCUCUCAGACAUAGAACUAUUGGAGAUUCGAGGUACUCUUCCACCUAGCGUAGUGGAAGAGGCUCCAACAACGACAACUCAAGCUCUACCCACAGUCUCCCAAGCAAUCAGGACGUUGAGGGAUGCAACUAUCCCAACUGUUGCCGCCGAAGAACUCACCCCCACCGCAACGGUACCUGAUUUUGACAAGGAGGCAAUCAUUGAGCGGCUAAAAACCCUCUUAGAAGACCCUUCAGUGAUAGAAACCAAGCCCCUGAGACAUGUGAACAGAAAGAAGCUUAUGGAGGAAACAUCUCUCAUCAACUCAUGUAUAGCAGAGAUUCCUACUUCUUCAAUCACUGAAACCAAGACUCUAUUGCUUGCAGGAGCACAUUUAGUCAGCGAAAGACUUGGUGAAAAACCUGCAAAUAAGAAUGCAGAGAAGCGGAAAACUCCGCUAUGGAAAAGAAGAAUCGAAGAUAAGAUUACCCAGGUGAGGAAAGACAUCUCUUAUCUUGAGGAGAAGAAGAAAGGUAUUACCCUUAAACAAAAAAUACUAGAAGGGCUCAACAGACGUCACCCCCUGUUGAAGAAAAAGGGUAUAUCAUGCAUCAUUGAGGAGCUCAAGCAAUGUCUACGUGCAAAAGCAGCUAAGAUAAAGAGAUUUAAUAAAAGAUGCGAACGAUACCACCAGAACAAGUUGUUUGGAAACAACCAGAGGCAGUUCUACAGAAACCUUCAAACAAACCCUGAAGAACAGGAUAUCUCCCACCCUGAGGCUGACAAGGAUUCUUGUUUGAAGUUCUGGAAGAACAUAUGGGAGCAGCCGGUUGAACAUGACAGUGAUGCUGAAUGGUUACCGGAUGUCAGAACAGCACUAGCCUCAGCAGAUGAACAGCGACAGUUUGUUAUAACUAACACCCUGGUUGCAGAUAGAGUGAAGAAAAUGACCAAUUGGUCCUCUCCUGGUACAGACGGACUGCAUGCUUAUUGGAUAAAGCACUUUAAAGAACUCCACAAUAGGAUUGCAGAUCAACUUAUGAGUUGCCUAACCAACGCUGAUAUCCCUGACUGGAUGACAUUGGGACGCACGUACCUGCUCAUAAAGGACCACUCCAAAGGACCCAUCCCAGGCAAUUUCAGACCUAUUACAUGCUUAUCAGCUAUGUGGAAACUGUUCACUGGUCUAAUCUCAGAUUCCAUAUACAACCAUUUAGACCAGCAAAAACUCCUCCCCCCUGAGCAGAAAGGGUGCAAGAAGAAGAGCAGAGGAUGUAAAGAACAGUUAAUGAUAGACAAACUCAUUCUGAAGAACUGUAAACGAAGGAAGCGGAACCUGUUCACAUGA